AUGGGCGUCACUGCGCCGGAGGUCAAAGCACCACAAGUAAAAGGCCGCAAACGAGAUCCGACAGAGGCAGAGCUUGAGAUAGAUGUCGAUGCUCCCGAACCUCCCUCGAAAAAGGCUCUGCGGAAGGCGAAGAAAGCAAAAGUAUCCACCAACAACACGUCGCCUGUAGCCAAGGAGGAGUCUCGACUCCCAUCAUAUGGGCAAGACGAGUCCGGAGCAAAGAACAAACGCUCUGAUCAUGGGAUCUGGAUUGGCAACUUAUCAUUCGGCACUACUAAGGAGGAUCUCCUCAGGUUCCUGACGACAAGUUCUACUGGGGCCUUACAACCUGACCAAAUCACUAGGGUUCAUCUACCCCAAGGACCACCCAAGUUUGGCAAGCCGCAGAACAAAGGGUUCGCAUAUGUCGACUUCUGCGACCGGAAGUGCGUCGAGACAGCUCUCGAGUCCAGCGAGUCUAUGGUGGCCGGUCGCCGUGUGCUAAUCAAAGAUGCAAAGAAUUUUGAGGGGAGACCUGAGCAGAAGAACGACAAGGCUGGAACGACUGGCCAUCCUCCGAGCAGGAGGAUAUUCGUCGGCAAUCUGGAUUAUGCAACCACGGUUGAGGACCUCGAGGCUCAUUUUGACACUUGCGGAACCAUCACUUCCACACAUAUGGCGACUUUCGAGGACUCUGGGAAGUGUAAAGGAUACGCUUGGAUCGAGUUCGAACAACUGGCUUCUGCGGAAAAGGCCAUUCGAGGCUGGGUUGAACCCGAUGCCGGGGCAAAACACGCGGCACCAAAGUCGAAGUCAGGAAGUGGCAGAGUUUGGGUGAACAAGAUUCAGGGCCGAAAAUUAAGGAUGGAAUACGCCGAAGACAAGGCUGUUAGGUACGAGAAGAGGUUCGGAAAGAAUGCAAAGAUUGCGGCCUCGAGGACAGAACAAUCAACAGCUGAGGCUGGUAGUGUAGAAGUGGAGGGUGACCAGCUCUUGCAGCCAGUCAAUGACAGGAAGGCCCAAAAGCCCAAGCCAGCAGGCAAAUAUUCGGAGGAAACCGUACAGAAGCUUACGGGCGCCAUCGUCGAGAGCAGGGGUCAACGGACGUUGUUGGAAUAG